GAGUUGGAGCCGUAGCUGUUGCCGCUGCUCUUCGUCUCCUCUCCUCCCUCUUUUUCUCCCACCUGUUUCGUGUUUGAAUAAAUUAUAAUUUAGGCAUUAGGAAAAGAAAAAAAAAAUCUUGAAAUAUAAAUUAAGGCUCGCAUUUAAACAAGAAAUUAGGCACUCGAAAAAGAAAAAAGAAAUCCUAAAAUAGAAAUUAGGGCUCGCGCUCUUCUCGCGUUCUGCCGCCGCCGCGUUGCUGCUUCUUCUUCUUCUUCCCAGCGACGGCGGUUGAAAGACUGGUUAGAUGAAAUGAGUGCUUAACCAUGUAACUAUCAAUCCAAGUUCAUGAAAGCAAACAAGAGUGGAACAGUAUACGCAGCCUUACCAUUCCAAACAGAGAGGCUUUUUCUGAUGGCAACAUACAAUGAGGAAUACUCACAGAUUGGUGUGUCUCGAGAGGAAAAAGACAAGUUGGUUGGAGAAGUGAUCCGCUUUGUACUUUUCAAGACUCACCAAAACUCUGGAUGCCCUAUAAAGAGGGAAGAAUUGACACAACUAAUAACAAAAAAUUACCGUCAGCGCUCCCUUCCGGCCCUUGUCAUAAACGAAGCCAGAGAAAAAAUCUCAAACAUUUUUGGGUAUGAGAUGAAAGAAUUGCAGCGUUCCCGUCCUGCCUCGAACAAGCAGGGCCGUGCUCCUCAACAAAGUGCCGUUGAAGCAAAAUCAUAUAUUGUUUUGAGUCAGCUGCCAGCUGAUAUUUAUAGUAAAUAUAUUGAGGAUAAAAAGACUUCACACAUGACUGGCUUCACUUUUGUCGUCAUCAGCAUCGUACAUCUCGCAGGAGGUAAAAUCUCGGAAGAGAAUCUCUGGCAUCAUUUGAGGAGGCUGGGUUUAAACGAGAGUGAUGAAAACAAUGCCGUCUUUGGUAACACUAAGCAAACACUUGAGAUGCUUGUACAUCAAAGGUACCUGCAAAAGGAGAAAGUUAAUGGUCCUGAAGGCAAUAUCAUCAUGUAUGAACUUGCAGAAAGAGCUUUGGAUGAAUCUAUUGCAGAAAAGUUAAAAGAUUACAUUGGCCAGGUUGUUAGUAAUGAUACCGCUGCUGAGGCUGAUUAAUAUGGCUGAAUGAUAAUCGUCCAGCAAGCUCAGGCCGACUGACAGGAACGAUCUCAAUGGCAAAGUUAUUAGCCAUUUUGAUGAUAUAAACCUGAAUCCUUGAUCAAGCUUCUAUGUUCCACCAGUUUGAUGUCCAACAUUUUGCACCUCCUUUUGCCAAAUUCAGCCGGCAACUCCAUUAAUCCAAAUUGCUGCAGCUGACUUGUGAUUACUUCUGACCGUGGGAGGAUGACUUUUCCGUUUGGGAAAUCUGAUGAAGCAGAUGAAAACUGUAAUUGUUGCACUCAGUGGUCUCCUUAUAAGGAGAAUGCUGCAACAACUAAUGCCAACCCAGAAAGAGUUGGAAGGUUAUCUGAUUA